UUAAAGAAUGCGGUUGCCCACCGCCAAAUAUGAGGUCCAUAUGCAAAAGUUCUUCUACAAAGUGGGAUAUUUCGUUGGAACGCACCCGAGGAAGUGCAUUGGAGUGCUGUUACUGGUCACUUUGGUGUCGUGUUUGGGUUUUUUGAGGUUUCAUCAGAUAAACAACGCCCGCGUGACAUUUACCGCUCAUGACUCGCCCAGUCACUUGGAGGGCGCCAUGUUUUUCGAAUUUCUCCGCCAAAAUGGGACACUUCACAUGAUUGAGGUAAUGUUCCAAGCUUCGGACAACGGAAGUCUCCUCAGACCCCCUUACCGGCAUGAAUUAUACGAAAUAUCUAAGGAAAUUGUGGAAAAACUACAAGUUGAUGUAAAUGGAGUGAAUAAAACAUAUGGAGACAUGUGUGAACCAUAUUGCGAAAAAAAUGACGCAUUUUUUGCGCUAAUGGACAUUUUUGAGUCGAAUUCGACGGACUCUUUUGAGAUAACUUACCCAACAACCGAACUACUCGGUCACAAAAUCCUCCUUGCCAACAACCUCUACGGCGUGGAAACCCACCCAAAAACCCACCGAAUUCAGUCAUUUUCAGCGGUUAUUCUCCGUUUUUUCCUAACUUUUCCCAAUUUGAAGCCAAUGACAGAUUUCGAACAUGAAAUUGUGAAAUUGGUAUAUGAUUCGGGCAAAUAUCCGCUGAUUUAUGGCCAGGUGGCCAGUGAUAAUUUGGUGGCUGAGGAGGUUCGGAGGCUUGGAACUACGACGGCUCCUUGGCUCAGUGUGGCUCUUGCCAUUCUGGGAGUGUUUCUUAUGGUGUGCUCUUUGAGGUACCGCCGAGCAGAAUCUAAACCACUUGAAGCCUGUCUUGGAGCUCUGAUUCCUGUUCUAUCAGGAAUCACCACCAUCGGAAUGGUCUCGGCGACCGGACUGGCCUUCCAGAGUAUUAUAGUUAGCACUUUAUUUUUGGUGAUAGCUAUUGGAAUUGAUGAUAUCUUUAUCAUUUUGGCUGCUUGGCACCGGACGGAUAAACAUUUGGAAAUUCCCGAAAGAAUGGCGUUGACUGUGCAAGAAGCCGGGUGCUCCAUGACUGUUACCACUGUGACUAAUUUGGUUUCUUUUGGAAAUGGUGUACUUUCGACUACUCCAGUAUUGCAGACUUUUGCCAUAUACUCAUCAGUUGCAAGUGUUGUAUGUUACAUCUAUCAACUGGUCAUAUUUCCGGCAAUAAUUGCAAUUACGGCACCAAAUGAGUAUCAGAAGCUGGGAGAUUCCAAAGAGGAGAAGACAUGGGACAUUAUUAAGACUAUGGGACAAUGGUCAGACAGGCAAUGGCAUAAAUUAGCAGGAGCAAUAAGCACAAGCUGGGUGCGGCUUUUAACAAUUUCCAUAUUACUCGGCUACUGGUACCUAUCAGUCUACGGAAUUGCCACAAUGGAAACCGACCUAACGAUUCAAAAAAUGGCCGAUCAAAACGCCCGUAUCGUGAAAUUCAAAAGAGAUGCCGAUAUAAUUUUAAAAGAAAUGCAAUCAGUGGCAAUUCUAGUAAAAUCUCCGAAAGAUUUAAGGAAAAUGGAAAAUUUGAAAAAAUUGCAAAAAAUGAUCAAAGAUUUCGAAUCGGCCAAAAAUAGCUUUGGCAAUGAGUCAACAGUGUGCUGGCUGCAGUCAUAUAUCGAUUUUUUGACAUUUUACCAAGAAAAUGAUGAGGAAUUCGAUAAUGAUGACGUCAUUACUGAAAAUUCCGCGAAAAAAUCCAAUUUUUCCGAAGAAAAACCGGCAAAAUCGAGAUUCCAGUUCACUUAUUCUGAUCUUCCGGCAUUUUUGAAUUCGGAGCCCCAGUACAAGCCAAUGAUACGGUAUUCUGAGUCGGAAUGUGUGAAAAAUUCGGAAAAAUGCAUUGAGAGCUUCAUUUUUACUACGGGAUUCACUGAUGUCGUCAAGUAUAAUGAAAUGUAUCCGGUUGUUAGUGAAUGGAGAAAAAUCGCGGCCAACUACUCGGAAUUCGAAGUGUACCCAUACACUGAGAGAUCAAAUUUUGUAGAUCAAACAGUUGAUAUGGUUGAUAAUAUCUGGAAUACAGUAAUCUCAGAGGUCAUAUGCAUGGGUCUAACUUUUAUUCUCUUCAUUCCGGACCUCAUCUCCAUUUUUUCCGCCGUUUUUGCACUUUUUUCCGUGAAUUUUGGAGUUUUCGGCUUUUUGAGCAUUUGGGGAGUCGGUAUGGAUCCAGUUUCUACUGCUUCACUGCUUAUGUCGAUUGGAUUCUCUGUGGAUAUUAGUGCUCAUAUCAGUUAUCACUAUUAUCAAGUUGAUAAGCCGACCGCCCGUCAAAAAUUGGAGCACGUGUACUCUCAUAUCGGUUGGCCAACUCUUCAGGGUGGCCUAUCAACAAUGUUAGCAAUGAUGCCUAUUGUCCUGGCACCGUCUUAUCUUGGAAUGGUGUUCUUGAAGACAGUCAUCCUAGUCUGCACCUUUGGCCUAAUCCACGGGCUUAUAGUUUUGCCGGUUUUCCUCUCAUUCUUCACAGAAAUUUCCGGAUUUUGCAGACGAAAAAGUGUGAAAAUUGCCGAUUCGCCAUCAUCAUCAAUCGAUAAUUUGCCAAAAACUAUAAGUAUUCGAGAUAUUGGAAGUCAGAAAAAAUAUCAGAAGGAUCAUGAAAAUAAUAAUAAUAAUAUUGAGAAAUUUUAGAUUUUUUUUUUGGAAAUUUGUAUAUAUUUUUACAUUGUUCGAAAAUCAUUGUACUGUACGGGUUUUAAAUUGUCAAAUAAAAUUUAAAUUAUUCAAAA